AUCAUUCUGGUACACUGGCUGCUCACAGUGUGGGGAUGCAUGAAUUACAUGUUUCCAGCCUCCUAUGCCUGGGGAAAUUUCAGUGUCCUUGCAGUGGGGAUUUGGGCCAUUGUGCAGCGAGAUUCCCUUGAUGCCAUCAUCAUGUUCCUGACUGGUCUGCUGCUCACAGUCCUUACAGACAUCAUUCACAUCUCGUUGUUCUACCCUCCAAACAACAGUCUCACUGAUGACAGACGUUUCAGUAUAGGCAUGGCCAUCUUCAGCCUCCUCCUCAAACCUGCAUCCUGCUACCUGGUGUAUCGGAUGUAUCGGGAGCGUGGAGGGGAAUACACCUUCAACAUCGGUGUCACACAUGCAGGCCGGGAUCGCAACGCCUAUGAGCCAAUUGAUCAGCAGGAUGCCCCUCCACAGUGGCCUGACUCAAGCAAGACAGCACCACAGCCCUACUGA